AUGGACACUGAGAGUCUUUAUUGGGACCAGUACGACACCGACACCGACUAUAUGCCACAGGCCACAGUGCCUAUUCAAGAAGUUUACUACGCACGCCCAUCUCUACAACAAUACAGGCAACCGCCAGAGCACUACUCGUCAGACCACACGUCAUCGCGGGGCAGUUACUGGUCGAAAUACCUUGGCACGCAGUUUGCCAGCGACCAAUGUACGCCAACAAAGGCUGGGUCGGACACACCACGGAUGCACAGCACCAUGGAUAUCCGCCGGCUUUUGGUCAUGCCUGAAAAACUGGCAUCGUUGCACUUGAGUUCGGAAGACGGGCUUGUCGCUGCCACGAAGGAACAAGGUGCUCGUUUGGAGACUGGCCAAAGAAAACUGGUCGACGGAUAUCAGUUGGUCGACGCCGUAGAGGGUGCUGGAAGGGGGAUUUUCCGGGCAAUUGAUUCGCCGUCAUCAGAUUCCGUUUCUGGCCAGUGCGCUAAAGAGGAGGCGGCCUCUUCUGGCAUAUCCGUUGGCAUGGUAAUCAACGGCAACAUUAGCAACAGCGGCGGCAGCGGCGGCGGUGGCGUAAAUCCGAUGGCCCUGAUCACCCGUCUCAACUUUUUGAAAGACCAAAUGGAGCAAGAUGAGCGACUAGUUUUAAAUUAUACUGUGUAA